AUGCCAAAAAGGCAGAAACCACUUUGUCUAGCAAAAGCAACUGUUGUAUAUGGUCCACAAAGCGGUAAACCUGAUGGCAAAGAUAUCAACCAGAGCAGAGAUGAAAAAAUGCUCACCUAUGGUCAGCAGAAGACCAUAGAAUGUGGACUACCCAUGGCACCUACUUUCAGUCCAGCCUAUUAUUCUCACAGAAAACUAAUGAGUAAAUUUUGUGCUGAAGAUCAGCCAUCUUCUGGUAACACUAUUACAUGCUUUCCUCGCGUCGGUACCAUUUAUGAUCCUUUAAGGAGGCAACAUACCCUUUCCUUGCCUAUGACCCACCUAGCCGGGCGAAGGGAGCAUUUCACAGAGCCAGAGAGGGGCUGCCUCGGCCCGAAAGUCUUUCCCUCUCCAUUGCUCGUUCCUCCCGAGAGAGGCCAACUGGAAGCGCCUCAUCAGGGGAUAGGGGUAGGGAUAGGAAUGGAGCGACCGGCCGGAAGGGAUCCGAGGGACGCGGGGAAGAGCAGCGCCAGGGGAAAGAAACCGUCGGCCUCCUCGCCCUUGAGGAGCCCGGGGGUCCCCGCGGGCUGCGGCGGUGCCUUGGCCGUUCCCAUGGCGACUGGCGGCCCGCAACGCGCCCUGAAAGUCGAGGCGGAGGCGCAAGGCGCUAAGCCCAAACUUCACCCAGCUGCGUCCUGCCCCAGCAUGUACCUAUCGGGUGGGGGUGGGGGUGGGGGUCUGCGCCCGCUUCUCCUCGUGAGAAAGCAACGCUCGGAAGUUUCAGAAACUUCCCAGGGUAGAGGAACGCAGGACGAAGGCCGGGUGGGACUCCCCGACGCAAAGGAAACGCCCUUCGAACCGCCCGCUCUCCUCAGUGGGAGAUACAGGCUUGGUGAUGAAAGCAAGACAAACAAGCCUGCCAAUUUAAAGGGAAAAAAAGGAGCUAUCCCUGGAAUUUAUGGGACUAGACUGCCAGUAAGCACCUUCUCUCACCAGAUACCUGAAUCUUUUGUGUCACAUGUCUACAGUUUAGAAAACGACUCUUCUGCUGAAAAGAAAUUUCAUCCACCAGAAGAUAAGCUUGCCGCAGGAGGUAUUCCUUCAAGCAAAUUCUACAAGCUUCCAGAUCUCUUGACUAGCAGUGAUUCUCUGUAUGGGAUCCCCAAAGCGUCGUUUGAAUUUAUGCAUGAAGACCUGAUAGUUGUCCAGCACCAGAUCAUUCCCCUCAAUGAAAGGCCACACCUGAGUGAUGACAUCCCAGUGCCUGGAGGCUGUGGGGACAUGGAUGGGGUGUUUGGAUCUUCUGGUUCCAGGGAUCUUCCAUCUUUGGUUCUGGAUGGGGUGGCACAGCUCAGAGAGACCUGUGGCUCCGUUCUUUUACAGGACCACGAUAAAACUGCACCAGAACAGUUGGCAACUCUUAACAUAUCAAACCAUUCUAGGACACCACAGCUGAAUUCAAACAACAGCAAACAAGGGCAAUUCCAUUCCUGGAACUAUGUACCUAAACAAGGGAAUAAUUCUGUGAGCAGAGACUUCAGUGAACCUUGUGCGGAAAUGCCAUCUACCUCCAGUGAUGUUCCUAGAAACGUAAUCCAUACUAAUCCACUGGUACAGUCUUUUAUGAAGAGACAUCACCCUGUUUCUUAUCAAGGAACUAAGAAGACUACAUCAGAGAAAAACAGCACGGAUGGCGAUGGAGACUUUCCCAAAAUGACAAAUGAAGCUGCUACUUCUGAUUCUUAUCCAGCUACAGAUAGUAGUGGGGAUGACAUGCGUUUGGCAAACAAAUGGAAACUGAAAAAAAGAAAUGAUAAUGUAGAAAGAAAGCUUUUAGUAGAAGAAAAGGCAGCAACUGAGACUGAGAAAAGAAAUAAAGCUCUGCUGGAAAAGUUAAAAAAUGUAAAUCUUAACUUAAAACCGGACCCUUUUGAGCACCAGGAAGAUGACAUUCCCUCUUCUUCUGCUGAGAAUGACAUGUUUUCAUACCCUGAUUUUCUUCCUUCACCCUACAAUAAUUUGAAUUUUAAAAAUUCCUUAUCCAAGUCAGAUGAUUGGAAAUCAUCUAUAAAGCCACCACUUAAUGCCUCACUUGAUAAAUUAGUUUCACGUCUUGUGGAAAUGGAAAGGUUACAGCACACAACUAUCUUAAGAGAAAGGGCAAGGGAAGCUAUUUGUCCUGCUGUGGCUGCUAACAAUCGUACUAUUUUGACAAAAGAAUUACCCCAGUCAAAACAGCCAAGGCCACUUGACUGUUGUCAAGUAAAGUGUGAUGGAGAUACUCACAAUUCUAGCUGUGGUGGGCAACAAACAGACAUGCCAAAAUGCCAACAGAGCCAUAACCACAAAAAUUCUGCACCCUCUAUGCAUUCAUCCUCAAAGAUGACCGGAGCAUCUUCCAGCAAUUUUAAGUCCAACAAAACUCCAGUAGUUUUAAGCUCAAGCAAUGUAGCUUUACGACAAUCACUCUCAUGCUCUGGAAGCUCGUCCAAAAUCUGUCCAGAUGUGAAACUGAAUUCUACAAAUGCAGACUCACCAAGCCCAACCAUAGCUUGUUCCUUACCAGACAGUGAGAGUUCAAAGAAUAGACCAACAAAGACAAAAAGGAAAGACCUUAAGAAAAAGGGGUCUCUAACAAGUAAAUCCUCCCAGUCUCAGAAAUUAAAAUCAGCCUCUCUCAUUUCAAAGCAGAAGUCCUCCAGUGUUGAUCCUCAGGGAUCUCUGGAAUGAAGUAAUCAUUUAUCAGUGUUAUUUGUGCAAAACAAUUGAGCAAGAACAUUUUGGAAAGCUCCGUCUUAAUUUGUAUUUAUGUGGAAGAAUGAACUCACCACCUGGAAUGAACAGGCAUUUUUUCUUUCCAGGAUCCAGAGUUUUGGCACUACCCUGGGAAGGAGGGUUAAAACAGUCCCACCCUCUCCUUAAUUGGAGAGUUUGUUUUAUAAAAAGGGAACUGAAAAUAAGCAUGUGGAUGACUGUGUCGAGGAAAAGAGUUAAGCCCAGAGGACAGCAGA